CGAUUUUGUUGCUUCUCAGAUGUGAGGAGCAUUUGUUGCCUCGAGCUGUGGAAAAUGAUAACAGGUAUUCUUCACUAUUUUAACGAUUAAUCAAUAAUGAAAAUAAUUGCUUGUUGCAACUGUAGCCUUUUUUUUAAACAUACAAUCCUCCAAGUAGAGGAUCAGUUUACCUCCAUUAAAACUAUCCCACGGCUCAAACGACAAAUAGCAGAGAAAGAUGAGAGGUAGGUUUGAAGAAAUGAACAGAGUUUUGUAGCAGAAUGUUUUUUAGCUUUCGGAUGUAAUCAACCAUGUUUACUACUCAGAUUCCUCCAGAGACCAGAGCUGGAGCUACCUGAGGUCAGGUUCUUAGGAUUUGCGGAUCUAGCCGUCGUGUUCAUCCUCCUGAAUGGGUUUCCUGACGAUCCUGAAAACCAAAGGAAAACAGCAGAAAUGAAAUGAAAUUAGAAUGGCUGAUUCUGUGUUUGUGGAUAUUUUAAAUUUAACUGCGUUUUCAGCCAACAGGACAGUACACGGGUAAAGGAUUCAGUACUUCUAAUAAUUUAAUUCCAGAGAGUGCGGAGAAGCUUCAUGUUGGGAAAUAAAAUGUAGAGAAAUGUGAGUGAAGUUUCACAAUAAGCUUUAAUAAAAGAUAAAAACCUCUCCUCAUCUGUUGACCCCUCAGAUUGAUCCUGAGACCAGGACUAGUGACCUGCAGAGGGAGUCCAGGAAGUAACAGAGGCAUAGAAACCAGUUUGAUGUUUUCGAGCUGAGAAUCAUGUAGAAAGUUUCUGCUCUGUGGGAAAGUUCUGUUCAUCAUUAACUGCACUUUGAACAUUGCUGCAUCUCACAGUGACCUUCAGACUGAAGCAGGAGUCAGCAUGUUUGCAGGGGGCAGCAGAGCUCUGGCUGUUCUUCAUUAGGACUUCAUUACCCAGAGUUCCACAGAGAGGAGGACGAGGAGGCGGGCUUUACCUGCCCACACCUGCAGAGAGUUGAGAGGCUGAAGACUGAAGGAAGAAAAACAGACAAGAAACAAAGUGAGAGGAAAAUGCUCAGAUCUCCAGAGUCAGUCAGAGUCCACUGAACUAAACCAAUCUGAUCCGGACUCAACUGAUCCAGGUUCAGUCUGAGUUCACCUGGAUCCACCUGAGACAGACUCAAGAUUUCUCAACAUUUACCUGAAGCAGGAAGUGAGGACAGGAGGAGCAGACAGCAGACAUGGGCAGUAAAGAGCAUUACCAUUGGCAGGCUCACAAUGUGAAGGUGAGUGGGGUGGAUGACAUGGUGCUGCUGUCCAAAAUCAACGAGGACGCCAUCACAGACAACCUGAAGAAGAGAUACAUGGACGACUACAUCUUCACUUACAUUGGUCCAGUUCUGAUCUCUGUGAAUCCGUUCAAACAGCUUCCCUAUUUCACUGAGAGAGAGGUGGAGCUCUACCAGGGAGCAGCCCAGUAUGAGAACCCCCCCCACAUCUAUGCGCUGGCUGACAACAUGUACAGAAACAUGAUGAUUGACAACGAGAACCAGUGUGUCAUCAUCAGCGGUGAGAGCGGAGCUGGAAAAACAGUCGCAGCCAAGUACAUCAUGAGCUACGUGUCCAAAGUGUCCGGCGGAGGAGACAAAGUACAGCAUGUUAAAGACAUCAUCUUGCAGUCCAACCCCCUUCUGGAGGCCUUCGGCAACGCCAAGACUGUCCGCAACAACAACUCCAGCAGAUUUGGUAAAUACUUUGAGAUCCAGUUCAGUCGAGGAGGAGCUCCUGAUGGAGGAAAAAUCUCCAACUUUCUGUUGGAGAAAAGUCGAGUCGUUUCACAGAAUCCUGGAGAGAGAAACUUCCACAUCUACUACCAGCUGCUGGGGGGGGCAAGCGGGGAGCAGAGGGAGAACCUCGGGGUCACGACACCUGACUACUACUACUACCUCAACCAAUCAGGAACCUACACAGUGGAGGAUGUCAACGACAAGAAGGAGUUCUCUGAUACUAUGGGGGCGAUGUCAGUAGUGGGUCUGUCUCUGGAGGAUCAGGAUUCAGUUCUUCAGCUUGUCGCAGGAAUUCUUCAUCUGGGAAACAUCAGCUUCAGGGAGGAAAACAACUACGCCGUGGUCGAAAGCCAGGACUUCCUGGCGUUCCCGUCCUACCUGUUGGGGAUCCCUCAGGACAGUCUCUGCAGUAAACUGACCAGCAGGAUUAUGGACAGCAAGUGGGGCGGGAAGACCGAGUCCAUCUCUGUCACCUUGAACACCGAGCAGGCCUGUUUCUCCAGAGAUGCCCUGUCCAAAGCUCUGUACGCCCGACUCUUCGACUUCCUCGUUGACUGUAUUAAUAAAGCCAUGCAGAAGGACCAGGAGGAGCUCAACAUUGGAGUGCUCGACAUCUACGGCUUCGAGAUCUUCCAGAAAAACGGUUUCGAACAGUUCUGCAUUAACUUUGUCAACGAGAAGCUGCAGCAGAUUUUUAUUGAACUCACACUGAAGGCAGAACAGGAAGAAUAUGUUCAGGAGGGAAUCAAAUGGACGCCCAUCGAGUAUUUUAACAAUAAGGUAGUCUGUGACCUCAUCGAGUCCAAACUGAAUCCCCCUGGAAUCAUGAGUAUCCUGGAUGAUGUUUGUGCUACUAUGCACGCUAAAGGUCAGGGAGCAGAUCAGAUUCUGGUGCAGAAAUUACAGGGACAGAUUGGAUCACACGAACACUUCAGCAGCUGGAACAAAGGAUUCAUCGUCCACCACUACGCUGGGAAGGUGUCGUAUGAUGUCAGUGGUUUCUGUGAGAGGAACAGAGACGUGUUGUUUAACGACAUCAUUGAGCUGAUGCAGAGCAGUGAAUUUCCAUUCAUCAGAGCUCUGUUCCCUGAGAGCCUGGAGGCAGAGAAGAGAGGGCGUCCGACCACUGCCAGCAGCAAGAUCAAGAAACAAGCUAACAGUCUGGUCCAGACCCUGAUGAAGUGUACCCCCCACUACAUCCGCUGCAUCAAACCCAACGAGACCAAACGUCCUCGGGACUGGGAGGAAAACCGGGUCAGACACCAGGUUGAGUACCUGGGCCUCCGAGAGAACAUCAGAGUCCGCCGGGCUGGAUACGCCUACAGACGGGUCUUCAACAAGUUCCUGCAGAGGUAUGCCAUCCUGACCAAGGAGACCUGGCCUCGCUGGAGGGGUGAGGAGCGUCAGGGAGUCCUGCAUCUCCUCAACUCUGUAAACAUGGACCAGGACCAGUUCCAGCUGGGCAAGACCAAAGUCUUCAUCAAAGCUCCAGAGUCGCUCUUCUUGCUGGAGGAGAUGAGGGAGAGGAAAUACAACGGUUAUGCUCGGGUCAUCCAGAAGGCGUGGCGCAAACACAUCGCCGUCCGCAAGUACGUCAAGAUGAGGGAGGAAGCAUCGGACGUCCUGCUGAACAAGAAGGAGCGCCGCAGAAACAGCAUCAACAGGAACUUUGUGGGUGACUACAUUGGGACAGACAACCAUCCAGAGAUCAGACAGUUCGUCGGCCGUCGAGAGAGGAUUGACUUCGCCGAUGUAGUGGUGAAAUAUGACCGAAGAUUCAGGACUGUGAAAAGAGACCUCAUCCUGACCCCGAAGUUCCUGUACCUGAUAGGUAGAGAGAAGGUAAAACAGGGUCCAGAUAAAGGUCAAAUCCAGGAGGUUCUCAAGAGGAAGAUCGAGCUCAACAAGAUCCAGUCUGUUUCCCUGAGCACUCUGCAAGACGACUUCUUUAUCAUUCAUGAGGAGGAGUACGACAGCGUUCUUCAGAGUGUCUUUAAAACAGAGUUCCUCAGUCUGCUGGUCAAACGUUAUCAGGACAAGACUCAGAAGAAGCUGCCACUCAAAUUCAACAACCUUCUGGAGUUUAAGGUGAAGAAGGGUGGAUGGGGUCCGUUUAGCUCUGCAGGAUCGAGACAGAUCCAGUUCCAGGUGGGUCAGGGGGACGAGGUGGUCUUGAAGCCCAGCGGGAAGCUCCUGCAGGUCUCCAUUGGACCAGGUCUUCCCAAGAACUCACGUCCAACGAGGAGGGACAACCGAAAGAGCCGCUACAUGGGCAACCAGCAUCCGGCCAGCAACCAGUACAACUCAGCUCCUCGGUCCAGAGGGGGCGGAGCUCCCAGAGGAGGUUCUGCUUCCUCCAGAGGCUCCCUCCUGAGGCAGCAGUCCAGCAUGGAGCAGCCUAGUCUGCCCCGCAUCCAGAACCAGCGUCACCCCAACAACCGGCCCCCCCAACACCAUGACAUGGGCUUCAUGGACGUUCCCGAGCAGGGUGCCGCAGGGAUGCAGCGGCGGCGGUCAAAGGAGAUGAAGCCCCUUCCCGGUGCAGGUCGACCCAAACCGGCUCCGAAGCCAAAGCCUCGGUCUCCUCAGUGCAGAGCUUUGUACGCCUACGACGCCCAGGACACUGACGAGCUCAGCUUCAACGCUGACGAUGUCAUCGAGAUACUCACUGAAGAUCCCUCUGGUUGGUGGUUUGGCCGGCUGCGGGGCAGAGAGGGGUUGUUUCCUGGAAACUACGUGGAGAAGCUCUAGACCUUGUCUCCGGGGUUCAGAGGUCACUGAACUGCGGCUGUAGCUGUAGCUUUCAACACAUCAGCUAACAGGAAACAGCUGAUUAGCGAAUAUGUAGGGUUCAUUCAUAAGCAAAAAAACACGUUUCAGUCAGAGUCACAGCUGUUGGUCAACCAGUGAAUGCAUCGUCCCCAGAGAUCAAAGGUCAGGGUCAGGCGCUCCUACAUGCUGAUUCCUGGACCAUGUCCCUGUAACACUGUGUACAGUCAGAUUACAUGUCCCCACGUGACUUCAGCCUCUCAUCAUAUCUGAUGAGCAAUCGUAGUUCGAUUAAAAUUUUACAUCAGUGUUACCAUGGAAGAAUAUUAGUGUAAAGUCCAGCCGGUGCUCCCUACAGGCUCCAGUGUUCAUUACAGGCACAACACUGUAUAAAAGUGUUUCCAGAACAGACAACAUCCUGAUGAUUCAUAUUUUCUUCAGCAAAUAUCUGCUUACAUGAUAAAAGGUGUGUAACUGUCUGCAGUGUUGAAAGUGAAGAGAUGAGAUUACCAGAGACUAGACAUCACACUGGUACUUUAAAAUAAAAAAUUUUAAAAUAAAAAUUUUAAAUAUCAACUUCUUUUAUUCUUCUGGACAUGUAAAAUGUGACUGAAUGUCACUACUGAAAACAUGAAAAAUGAAAAAUUUGCAGGUUUUAGCCUUUUGAAUGAAAAUUAAGAAUAAAAAUAAAAUAUAUAAAUGACUAAACAGUUUUUACUUUUCAAUAAUUUUCUUAAUCUAUCAACCUGUUUUACCGUUCACAACAGUUUAUUUUUCCAGAGUACAAACACGGCUCAGAUCAGAUGUUCAGAGUCUGAUUUUUCUAUAAGAUUUCGGUUUGUGUUUAUAGAGGUCUGUGUGAACUGAAUAAGAAUGUUGUUUUAGCUCACAUGAUCAUCUAGUUUACCCUGGAACAGCCAAUAAACUGACGUUUCAGUACCAA